AUGCAGCUUUCACUUAUAGGCGCAGCCGUGCUCCUGGCUGCUCCCGGAGUCCUGGCCAAAACAAAGCAUGAAGUUCUUGGACCAAUUGUUCGCAUCCGGAACGGAACAAUUGUUGGCAAAUACGUCGAGACCUACGACCAAGAUCUUUUCUUAGGAAUCCCUUUCGCGCAGCCCCCAAUCGGAGAUCUUCGCUUCAACGCGCCUCAACCCAUCAAUGAGACCUGGACAACCCCUUUGAACGCCACUGCGUAUGGCGCUCAUUGUAUCAAUUACCUUCUGGGCUUACCUUUGGACCCCGCCGACCUCGCCACGAGAUAUCCUCAGAGCGAGGACUGCCUGACGAUCAAUGUUGUCCGACCAGCAGGAACGAAAUCCAAUGCACGUCUUCCUGUGUUGACUUAUAUAUACGGAGGUGGCUUUCAGGAAGGAGGCUCCGGCGAUGCAAGAUACAACGCCAGCGCUCUCGUCCAGAAGUCCGUUCAAAUUGGCCAGCCGUCAAUUGUUGUCACUAUGAACUAUCGUCUUCAAGGAUGGGGCUUUUUGGCUGGGAACAACGUGCGCAACCAAGGCCUCCUGAAUCUUGGUAUCCAGGACCAGCGACUUGCUCUGCGGUGGAUCCAGGACAAUAUUGCUACAUUCGGAGGAGACCGUCAAAGAGUCACCAUCCAAGGAGAAUCCGCCGGUGCUGCCUCGGUGGGCUUUCACUUAUUAGCCAAUGGAGGACGGAAUGACGGCCUUUUCAGUGCUGCAAUCUGUCAGAGUGGCGGACCCUACUUUUUUGGCAGCUUUACGCCAGAUGCCCAGUCGGAGAAGGCGUAUGAGAGCGUCCUGAAGGCAGCUAAUUGCACGGAUGCACACGACACACUGCAAUGCUUACGUGCCGCGCCUCUCGAAAUAUUGAACACGACCUUUGCUGGUUUGUCAUUCCUUCCGGUUAUAGAUGGAACCCUCGUCCCCGAAUACAGUUCUACGGCUCUUGCGAAGGGCCGCUUUGUGAAGGUCCCUCUGCUCAUCGGUACCAAUACCGAUGAAGGUAAGAUCUUUGCCGGCAUGGGUGUCAACACGACCGACGAAUUCGCCGGUUACAUCACGCAAUACCCAUAUAUUCAUACAGCCAACAACCAAACAAUCCGCGACCUGCUGGAAGCCUAUCCCGAGCUGGGCACCAACUCGACACAUGGUCAAUCGGACGAUACCCUCCCAGUGUCUGCGCCAUACGGAGAUCAAUUCCUGCGCACUGCCAGAUAUACCGGAGAUGCUAUUUUCAUUGCCGGGCGGCGAUACACCUGUCAAAUCUGGACUGAACAUGGCGUCCAUUGCUACAGCUACCGGUUUAACACAAUUCCCGGCGGCACCGAUCCGCUGUACGUUGGUGCGACUCAUUUUGAGGAGAUUGCAUUUGUCUUUGAUAACGUCUUGGGAAUGGGCAUGACAUCAAAUGCUUUUGAUGUUGAGCCCAUUGAGCGGGAAGAGAGCUACAAGAAACUAAGUGACAUGAUGGGCAGGAUGUGGAUGAGCUUUGCUGCGACACACUCGCCCAAUAAUCACAAAGUGAAAUCGUUCCGGACUGCCUGGCCUGCGUACAGCUUGAAGAAUCCCCGGAAUAUGGUGUUUGAUGGAAACGCGACGAGCUUCGUGGAAAAGGAUGAUUGGCGUACCGACGCACUGAAGUUGAUCAUCGAAAGAUCCUUGGAUUUCGGUCGUUGA